CAGAUUCACCCACAGGAGCUGUGUCUUAGAGCCGAACAGCGAGGGGAUUUAUUCAACCUCACCUCCUCUCUGCGCCUCCUGCCUCCUCCCGGGUGUCUCCUGCUCUUCAUCAUGAAGGAGAGAAGAGUCGCGCAGCCGCUCGUGGCCAGGUGUAAACUGGUUCUGGUGGGAGACGUCCAAUGCGGUAAAACUGCCAUGUUACAGGUGCUGGUGAAGGACUGUUACCCGGAGACAUAUGUCCCCACGGUGUUUGAGAACUACACAGCUUGCCUGGAGCUGGAGGACCAGCGGGUGGAGCUCAGCCUCUGGGACACAUCAGGCUCUCCUUACUACGACAACGUGAGGCCCCUCUGCUACAGCGAUUCAGACGCAGUGCUGCUGUGCUUCGACAUCAGCCGACCUGACACUGUGGACGGAGCUCUGAAGAAGUGGAAAGCAGAGAUUCAGGACUUCUGUCCCAACACUCGGAUCCUCCUUAUAGGCUGUAAGACAGACCUGCGCACAGACAUAUGCACACGCAUAGAGCUGUCCAAUCAGAAACAGGCUCCAGUCUCAUACGAGCAGGGUACGUCACUGGCCAAGCAGCUCGGAGCUGAGGCUUACCUGGAGUGCUCAGCCUUCACGUCGGAGAAGAGCAUCCAGAGCGUUUUCCGAACUGCAGCUCAGGCCUGCAUCAACAAACUCCACCCCGCCGACAAACCCAGCCCGGUCCGCCGCCUCUCCAAGAGACUGCUCCACCUGCCCAGCAAGACGGACCUCCUCUCCUCCACCUUCAGCAAAGACAAGUCCAAAAGCUGCUCCGUCAUGUGAUCUCAGCCCCGGGGCGGGGGGCCAUGCCGGGAGGAAGGAAAGAACGGACGAGAGAACUGUACCGCAGGCGUUCAGAGUGCGAUGGGGGAGAGAGAGCAACAGUGCGAACCUUUGUUUUCUUUUUCUUGCUGCGUCCCCUCUUAUCUCCUGUCAGCCGCACAGUUUCUGCAAAGAGACAAAAGAUUUCAUGUAGAUUUUAACAGUCCCGAACAAGCAGAGCAUCACUGUAGGGUGCAGAUCAUGUAAGUGCUGCUGCAAAUCAGCUUCAAUAAGAGUUUUUUUUUUCCAGGGGUGGGGGAAGAGGUUGUAAACUCCACAUUUGACUGCACUGGAGAGAUAAAUCCAUUUUAAGAUUUGAUGCUGGUGCCGCUUCCCAUCCAUCUCCAUCUGAAAGUCCGUUAAAGGUCACAACACGGGCUGAAAGACAGGAACGUAAAACCCGACGGUGACAGGAAGCCAGGUCCGCAGAAACGCAAGUAAUCCCCCCGCUCUUUGCUGCAGCCUAACCUGCUCACAGUAUUUUAUUUGGAAAUUAAAACUGACGGCAGAGGGAAAAAAGGUGGAGAGGAAAGGAGGGAUUUGGCAAAUUUGCAAAGGCCGAGAGGGGACAAAGUGAGAGUGCAUCUGAAGGAGUGCGGCGUGACUCAGCACUCACACCAGCCCCAAGGUCGACCAGGUUGGACGCAUCGUCUUAAAGACAUUCUGAUCGCGUCUUCGGUCCACUCCCUCCUGUUUCCCAUCAUCCACUGCAGCCUGAUUUGUUCAGCGAGCCUCGGGUUUUAGCUGCGUUGUGCCGAUUAAAACGUCUUUCCAGCCUGCUGAGUGGAAAACAAAAUGAAUUCUGCCUUCAUCUUGGUCUUUUAGAAUUACAAGGCAAAACAAAAAAUUACCAAAAAAACUGAUCUUCUUAUCUCUGUAUAUUUUAGGUAAAGCAGAGUUGUACAGAUUGUAGUAAGAUAAUGUUUAAAUGAAUACGCAGAACCAGAGUUAGCUUCAGUCUGUGUAUGGUUUGUUCUUUGGUUUUUCCGUUUCAAAAUAAAAUCCCCAAAAAAAGAACAUAAAAAUAUAAAAUCAAACUAAUUGAAACUCCUCAGUGUUUGAGUUUAGCUUCAGCUAUCUAGAUCCAAAAUAAAAUGAAUGGUUUUAAUAUGUAGUGAUUCCGGAAAUGAUAGAAGUUGCCAAAAAAUAAAAAAAAAUAGAAACCAUUCCUAAAGAUAUUGGCAAUGGCAGCAGUCAAACCUUAUUCUGAGUUCAGGCCAUAAUUUCUGCCAGAAAGUCCCAAAUGGUGCACUAACAAAAUAUAACGCCUGUCUUUGCUUUAACUAUUACUGCAAAAUUUUGCAAUUUUUUAGUUUUGCAAUAGUCUUUUUUUCUAAUUAUUUCUCUUUUUAUUUUGAAACGAAAAAAACAACAACGACCCAUACACAGAUUAUCUUCUCUUUUGUGUUUGCUUUGUUUUUUUUAAUUGUCAAAACCUGUCUUUCAUUUUCUAAUGACUCAGCAGAACGGAGAGGCGACAGCACCGGUGUUCACCUCUUCUUGGUGUUUUGUUGUAACGACCAGCCGCAGUGCAUGCUUUAACAAACACAAACGACUUGUCUGGCACUGAGGACUUUUUACAUCACGACAAGAAAACUCCACUUUCCUGAUGCUGCAAAGGUUUUGGGAGAUGCACUCAUAAAAAAAAUCACAAAGGAGGUUCCCUUACAACUAUAUAUUUGUAUUUCCUAUAAAAUAAGUGAGAGCUGGGAGCAGAUUUCUGCACUGCAUCUAUCUGUUAUACAGCCGUGGCCCCUUAGAGAGAGGAAGAAUUUGAGACUCCCACUGCAGUGGUUUGAGAAUAUUUUUUGAGAACCCGCCGUUACUUCUUUGUUUUUGAGAUGAUCUGUACUACAAACCCAGUCUGUGUUCCAGUGAUCUCAGGGCUGUAGACUCAGUGCAGUUCCAGUUAGACUCAAUAGUCCAUCCUCAGGAGAUUAAAUGAAGUUUGUGUAAAAUAGAUGUUCCCCUUUGAGCGCAGUUAGACUGAACCCCUGUGAGACGAUACAGAAGGGGGAUAAAAUAAUUAAACCCCCACAAUCAGGCAGGACCUGUCGAUUAUUAUUAUUAUUAUUAUUAUUAUUAUUAUUAUUAUUAUUAUUAUUAUAGUUUCCUUUUCAAAGUGAGGAGCUGAAUCUUUCCCAGGGAUGUUCCUGCUUGUGGCUGUCUCGUCUCUGUUCGGUCUCGUGGCGUUAUCGGUUGUUGGCAGCUCGGCUAAUGGAGGACUCUGUGAUUUGUAGGUCUGCACUGGGAAGCCCGGCGAUGUGCCGGAGCGGAGGAAUCUGAGCGUGUUGCCUGGCAACAGUGUGGGCCAGGGCAGUUCCUGUCUCCCGACAGUGGGGAGGGGUGGCUCUGGGGGGGGGGGGGGGGCCUCAUCUCACCUUGUCUUUGUAGCAUCAGGCAGAAGGAAGCCAGGCGGCGGUGGCUGGACACACGGAGGGGGGCGGAGCCUACGACGUGAGCAUUUUGUGCUGAAAACUACAAAAAGUGUGUUUGUGGCUCUGCUGCAGUGAUUUUUUUUCAGCCUCUCUGUGCCGCGUGGAGCAUCCCGCCGUCUGAAACACGUUGUUAAUUGUCUGAUAUACAAACACUGCUUCAGUUUCUCUUGCUUGCUUUUGCAGAUUUUAUUUGUUCUCAUUUGUUCUAUAAGGUCUCCAACCUGCUCGUAUAAACCUGCUUAAGUUAUUAACCUAACUGUAUUUGUUAUUGCCAAAAAUUCUUUAUUUAAAUAAAUAUGCCUGAAGUACA